UUGCCGUGUUGGGCUUUCUUUGGGGAUUCUUAUUUCUCUCUAUUUUGACUAAAUGCUCAUAUUCCGUAGAUACUAAAAUAAAUGGAUAGCUUUGACAUUGUUUAAAGAAAGUUGUUUCUUUUAGAAUUAUCAUUAUAAGAAUGCAGUAUGUCAUACAAUUUAAAAAAUGCUUUGUGAUAUGUACACCGUUUUGAAUUUUCAGGAAUAAACCAUCAUUAACAAUAGAAACGUCCGUAGAUAUAAGUGAAAACACAACUGUAGAAAGUAUAAAGAAUUCUUCAGUUCAUAAAGGAAUACAAAAUGUGUUUAGCGCUCAGAUAUUGAUCAAGGGAACUAUACAGGCACAAACGGAACAGUAUAUUUGCGUCACAGCUCAUGAUAGUUCAGCAGAAGAUAAUCUAUGCUUGCAACUGAAGUUUACAUAUGCAGCAAAACUUGAUGAUCUGCAGAAAAAUGCAGCAACAAAGUUUAUCCAGCCUACACAGGUUGAAGGAAGCAUUUUAACUGGGUACAUAGGUGACAGAUAUACAGUUCUUUUGUACACAACAAAUAAUUCGCCUUGUGAAAAAGUUAUAUCGACAUCCAAAGAUGCCAGCGUUUUUGCACCAUUCAAGGAUAGUACGUCGUGUGUAACAGAAGUCUCUUUCAUUUUUAAGACCGAAGGACCAUCAGUCAUUUGUUUCCUUUCGGCGAGGAAGCAUUUCCAAAAGCGAUGCUAUGUUGCAGUUGGAAAAACCAACAAGUCUGAUACAUGCUCAAGUUUUCCAUGUCAGAACGGUGGUCAUUGUUUCCCGCAACAAUUGUUGCAAGGCUACCAAUGUAUAUGCAAGACAAACUACAUUGGUAAACAAUGUCAAGAAGGUCCUUGUCUAAAGAACGACUGUGAAAAUGGUGCGUUUUGUAAAAUCAAAAAUGGAAACCAAACAUGCAUAUGCAAAGCGGGAUAUAUCGGCAUUAAAUGUGAGAAAGAGAGCUCGAGCAUUGAACAGAAAAUGACAUUUAUAGAUGCAGCAACGCCAAAGCAGUUUGAGUGUGUUUUAUACCAACAAUGUGGCAUUGCUUUACUGUUUAGUAAUGGUUUAACUAGGCCUCAAAUUGCCGUUGGUUAUGUCAAUCCUGCAAUUCUUGUUAAAGAUAUUCAAACAUUGGACUUACAUGAGUCUGGUUGCUCCCGAGUCAGUAUCAAUCUAAUACCUAAAGAAGUAGGAGUGAAGGACGUAUGCAUCCAGUCCUUCGAUACAAUUGGUGUAAAUCAGGACGAGUUAUGCUUUAAAGUCAUUGUGACAGUAGAUAUGUCUUCAUUAUUUGGAAUACCGGAUCGCCCUCAUUUUGUAUACCCGAGUAUGCCUGAUAAGACUCAAGUUGAAUGUCAAGAAGGUAGACCUUGCCACGUACUCUAUGAAAUUACCGCUGGGGAAGGCAAUGAAGAUAAAUGCGUUACAUUAACACCGACAGAAAGCACAGAGAUUUCAAACUAUCAUAUAUUUACAACAUGUGAAUCAUGUAUCCCAGGACAGACUAGUUUUGGAAAUUGUUCCGUCGAUAUCUCUUUACUUCCACAUGCUACUAACGGAAUUCAGUCAGAAAGUUUUUGUGUUACUUUAAGCUUAACCGGAUCUUCUAACGUCGGUGAAAAACGUUGCUUUAACUUGAAUGUAAAAUCAAAAGAUCAUGUUGAAGAGAAAAAAGGCUGCCAAUUGAUACGGUGUAAGAAUAGCGGGUUUUGUGAUGGACAUAUACCUUCAACACCGAGAUGUUACUGUAAAAAAGGCUACUUCGGAGACAAAUGUGAUGAAGAUGGAAGUUCGUCCUCGUUAGCAAGUGGACCCUCACAUAGUUUUUUUGGAGAUCUAGGGAUUCCGACUGAAAUAAAGUGCAAUGUUGGCAGAUUAUGUUAUUUCCCUUUCGAAAUUAUAUCUGACGAUGGAAAGCCAUUUAAAGUUUCACUGGGUUAUGCUGAUCCAAGAUUAUCGGCGCAUGAACCAUCGUAUGCAGCUUCAGCUAAUUCAAAUACAGUUACAUUGGGAUCGAUUAAACUUAAUCCCUCAGAAAAAGGAUCGUUUAAAGUUUGCCUUCAAAUAAAUGUUCACAGUGAAACAAAGAACGAAAUGUGUGUUACAGCGACAGUUUCAGAUGAUAACAGGCAACAGAUAGACACGGCAAAACCACAUUUUCUGGACCCAACCAUCUUGGACGACUCAACAAUUAUUUGCCAGACAGGCAAGUCGUGCCAUAUAGAUUUAUAUUCGACGAACGGAGACAACUUUGGAGUGGCUGGAAAAUGUCCAACGGUGUCAGAGACCGGUUUAAGUGACGCCAAUGAAGUUCGCAUAUUUUCAUCAAUAUACCAGACUGACAGUUGUGUCGCUGAUGUCCUAUAUACAGCUAAAGAAACGAAAAAAUUGUGUUUCCAAGUUUCAUUUCCAGGCAAACGAGGUGAAAGCAGAUGUUAUACAAUAAAAGCCGUAACAGACUUAUCAAACGAAGUGAAAUAUCCGUGUAGCGGUGCAAUAUGCAAAAAUGGUGGGAAAUGUAUUUCCGACCUUAUAUCCAUCCCUUUUAAAUCAUCAUGUGUUUGUGCCCAAGGAUUUAAAGGCAAUGACUGUAAUUUACCCGUUAAUAAAACGAUGAGCCUACAGGGAAUAAGCAAUUUGCUUAACGGAACAGUUGUAGCCAAUCAGUCCUUCGAUAUCUAUGCUGCAGUGCCAAAACAUGUUAACUGUGAUGACCCAAUCCGUUGCUGUGUAGUUGUUCCUUUCCAUGGCGACGGCAAUACACCACCAACUUUAGGAUUCACAGACAGUGACCUGAGUAUUGUUUCAAAGAUAACCAUUGCUGCAAACAAUUCUCUCAACUCUUUACAUUAUUUCCAAACGUGUAUGAAAGGACCGCCUGGAGGGAAACGUAGACUUUGCUUACAAACAACAGCAAAUAAUUUGCAACAAAGAAUUAAUGUUGAUGAAAUAUGCAUCGAGGUAGAAUUUAACGAUCAAGAUAAAGGUGUUCCUUUGACAGAACACAAAUUUACAGGAGGUCUAUCAAAUGGAUCCAGUGUUUUAUGUCAAACUUCUUCUAUGUGUCAUAUUCCAAUUAUUACGGACCAAAAGUCUGGAAUUUGUGAACAAUUAAAGGAAUGUGGAGAAGGUCUAGCAGGAACGCAUGUAUUUACUACUGAAAACAUUGACAAUAAAUGUGUGACGAAUGUAGCUAUCAGAACAAGUGGAGAUGAAAAAACAGAAUCACUCUGUAUUUCGGCUGGAUUUGGCGGCGAAGAAAAUGUUAUAAAAGUGAUAACUACAACAACAAGAGAAUUCAGUCCAUGUAGCAAGAAACAUUGUUUAAACGGAGGACGAUGUGUGUCAACAACCAACACAAUAGCUGUGUGCAAAUGCCAACCAGGGUUUUCCGGCGAUCUUUGCGAUACAGUAUCAACAACAGUACCAACAAAAAAUACUGUCUCGACAACACCUAUUCCAACAACAGGCACUACCAAAACUGUUCCAGUGACAAUACCAACAUCGGCGUCUAAAUCGUCAGUGUUCUUUUAUGAUCUUGUAUCAACAACAGUACCAACAAAAAAUACUGUCUCGACAACACCUAUUCCAACAACAGGCACUACCAAAACUGUGUCAAUAACAACGACAAUACCAACACCGGCGUCUAAAUCGUCAGUAUCAACAACAGUACCAACAAAAAAUACUGUCUCGACAGCACCUAUUCCAACAACAGGCACUACCAAAACUGUUUCAGUGACCUCGACAAUGCCAACAUCGGCGUCUAAAUCGUCAGUACCAACAACAGUACCAACAAAAAAUACUGUCUCGACAGCACCUAUUCCAACAACAGGCACUACCAAAACUGUUUCAAUAACAUCGACAAUACCAACAUCGGCGUCUAAAUCGUCAGUACCAACAACAGUACCAACGAAAAAUGCUGUCUCGACAACACCUAUUCCAACAACAGGUACUACCAAAACUGUUUCAAUGACCUCGACAAUACCAACAUCGGCGUCUAAAUCGUCAGUAUCAACAGCAGAGUCAACAACAAUUACAACACCUUCAUCAGCUACUGCCACUACUCUUUCUAAAGUGUCCGAUCGUGUCAAGACAACCCAAACUAUGUCAGUUACCUCGACAAUUCCAACACCAGUUUCUAAAUCGUCAGAAACCACAUCAACUAAGGUCUCGACGAAACUUUCGUCAGCUACAUUCAUUUCUGCAUCAAACCCGACGAAUGGUGGAAGGACAAGCCAAACGGCUUCUAAGAAAAUAACCUCGCAAUUAACAACUCAGGCAUCUGAAUCUUCAGCUAUAGAAACAACCACGACUUCUGUCUCGGCAACUUCUUUGUCUGCUGUAAAAACAACUUCCUCAAAACUGACGGAUGGUGUAAUGAAAUUCCAAACAGUUUCAAAGACUUCAAGUCUUCCAGUAUUUUCGUCUAACUUAUCUCACACAGAUAAUUGUGACAAGACAAAAGCUAAAGAACACGCUAAAAAAAUGGUUAAAACUGGUUAUGCUAGCUGUUUUUGCAUGGUGAAAGGAAAGAAAAUGUAUAUCAUAAAGAAGAGACCAGUACCAGAGAAAACGAAUAUGAUGAAAGCAGCCGGGUUUGGAGCUGGGGGAAUGGUGGGAACGCUGACUAUCGGCGUUAUCAUCUAUGCAAUUGUUAAUGCAAAACGACAACCAGUAUCAAUGAAACCUACGUCUCGCCCUAAAAGGAUAUCACGUGUACGUCCAGAUAUAUAUUAAAUACAACAUAUUGCGACUACAAACUAUGAACUAUAUUGUUAAUCUUAAUAUAUGACGUAUUUCUACUUAGCUUUCAUUUAGCAUAUAAAGUCAAAUGUGUUUGUAGUGUUCUAUGUUCUUAAUUGCACCUUUUUAUCUAAAUGUAUAAAUGGAACAUAAAAAAUGAUUAAGACAAAUAUGUUUCACAACCUUCGUGGAAAAAUGGUGAAAAUUAGCAUUUACAUUUUUCUGUAAGAACGAACAUCACACUAUUUUGAAAUAAUUAAAAUCACACCUGUAUACCUUUAUCUUGCAUAUCGAUGAACAAUACUUUUAAUUUAAUAGCUUUAUUUGGCUUGAUGUAGAUACUGCAACUGUAAUAAAGUAUAUUCUGAGCAUUAUCAGGUUUUCUUCAUUUAACAUAAAUUCUAACCCUAUCGGAGGAUACCCUUAUAUAAACAAAGAAGACCGGAAAGUUGAUAUAUUUCAAAGCAGAUACACUCGCCGUUCCUAUUUCACCAAACCGAUAGAUUGACGGCCCCAAUUUGUCAAAACUAUCUGAUAAAUAAGAAAAUAAUGUUGACUUUUGCUCUAAA